AUGAACGGACUUGUCCUCCCUAUCGGCUCCAAGCAGCCUUUGAGGGGCGAUGCCUCUCACCAUGCUGCACCGCUGUCGCCCGUCAAGCUCGAUAGUUCCGGGCUUGCGAGCCUUGUCAAGACCGAGGGAUCUUCGCCAACACAGCGUGCCUUCGGCGGUGCCGCAAACGUUUCGCGCGCGUCUCUGACAUCGCCGACUUCGAGUUCGAGCGUAUCGAGCGUCGGCAGCAGCGGACCUAAUGCCCUUCGCAGCGCCUUGUCCACUUCAAGCAACACAAGCGCAGCUGCGCUCGCCUUCAUCCCGAGGACGUCACGCAACUCCGCCGCAGUGCAGAAACCGAUACACCUCUGUUCCGAAUUUGAGCUCGAGCAGCGACUGGAUCGCAACGAGCGCAUCCUCUCGACCCUGGAAGCUACGCAGAGUCCCACCAAGGACAGGCUUCGCCUCGAGACGGAGGCCAUACGCGAUGUGAUUCUCUCGCUUCGUGCCAUGAGAGACGUCAACGAUGGCAUCUCAUCGGUCGAUCUCAAAGACCCCACCAAAGAAGCCGAACUCGAGUCUGCUCUGCUCGGCUUGUCGGUCAAAGAUGCAGCCCACUUGGGCACCAGCCCACCUUCGGAUGCCUUCGGCUGGUCACGCGAUACGGUUGCCGUGAAAAAGAAGCUGGCACAGUCAUCUGGUGCUUAUCAUCCCGGACGCAAAGUCCAAGCAAUGGGGUACGAGCAGUCUCUGGCCAUCCAGUCGGCUGCUCUGCUGGCCGAGCGCGAACGCGAACGCCUCAAGAGCACACCAGCGCCGCGCGAGAGGCCGUCGCUAGGUGUGCCGAGCGGUGCUGCGCACAGACUCGGCCGCAAGUCGAUCUCGUCGUGCUCUGGCUCGAUGCGCAAGAACUCUUCCUCUCACUCUAUCUCGCCGCCGAAGGCCACACGUGCAGGCGGGCCCUUGGCGCGCAACCUGGAUCGAGGGCCCCAACAUGACGCAGCUUUGGAAGGUGGCGAAAGCGAUCAGGACGAUGCUGGUCUGUACGACAUGCCGGACGACGAAGAGGAUGAUGAGGACGCCCACCCCGGCCCGCGCCACGAGGACGACGGCUUCAGCUUUGGUCAGCUUGACCAAGAGGAUCCGUAG